AUUUAAGAAAUUCAAUUAGUUUUCACUAAAAAAAUUGGCAGGAAUUAGGAUUUAAAAAAAGGUUAAAUAGAUUCAUUGGUCCCAAUUUUUGCUGGUUUUCUUCAAUUAGGUUCCCGUUUUUUAAAAAUGAUCAAUUUAGUCCCUUAAAUUAAAAACUUUAACCAAUCAAGGACAUUCCGUUAACUUUGGUUAAUGGCGUUAAAAAUGAUCUAUGCUGGCAACAGUAGCUGUAAUGCUACAUAGAGGUGGCACUGAAACACUGCAUGAAGUGGUUAUUAUUUUUUUUAUUAAGGACUAAAAUUAAAAAAGCAUGUGGGUUGAGUUUAAGUAAGGGUAAAAUGGGGAAAGUACGUUAAGUUUAAGUUUAAAAAAACAUGUGCGUUAAGUUUAAGUUUAAGUAAAAGAAGCACGUGGUUUCAUUGAAGGUAAAGGUAAAGGAAUUAGGGAAAUUGGGAAAAGGGUGCUGAGCUGAAACUGAAGCUGAUAAAGGGUGGUGGGUCUUCUUCGAAGGGUGUUGGUCCAUAACAUUUUUGCGAAAUCAAGGUUGGGUCUGGUGGGGAUCAAGUUUAUUGUCGUUUUUCUUCGAAGAGGAUGUCAAAGGAGUACUCUUGUUGUUCGUCGACAUGCAGAAGGAACAAAACCCCUAUUUGCCAUUGUGGACAGAGAUCUGUGAUGAGAACUGCGAACACUAUGAAGAAUCGAGGCAAGCAUUUUUGGGGAUGCUCCAAGUAUAAGAAAGGUGUUGAAGAUGCUGGUUGCAACUUCUUCAAAUGGUGCACAGAUGUUGGAACUGAGGACAGUGGUCGUUACAUGAAGAACGAAGGGAAGAAAGAAACUUUGGUCAUCAGUGAAGAAUUGGAGAGUACUAGGAAAAUGAUAGUUAAGAUACAUAAAUCAGUGUUGUUUCUUGAAAACUGUAUGAAGGGGUUGGUUUGUUUUUUAUGUGUCAUAGAGAUUAUUUUAGUUUCAAUGUUAGUGAGAAUGGGAUGAUUCGUUGUAAUCUGAUAUGUUUGAAUGUAAUUUGAAUGAUGUUGAUGAGUGAAUGAAAUGAGAAUGAGAUGUUUUUUUUUUAAUCUGAAUCUAAAUCUGUAAUAUGUAUUAUGUUGUUGAUCCUUAUAAGUAGUACAAAAUAAGUCAAUUUUUGAACACUUUAAACAGCCACUUUGAUGAACCACUUUGAACAUAGCACUUUCAGUCAAUGUUUGAAGACUUUAAACAACCACUUUUAGUAUAAAUAUGUGACAUCAAUCAGUAUAUAUAUAAGUUGAGACUGCAAGUCAUAUUUUCCCUGCUAGACUGCAAGUCAUAUUUCUUUGCUAGACUGCAAGUCAUAUUUUCCCUGCAUUUAACAGCCAUGCUUCACCAGGUAGAACAAAUUUUUCAACAUGAUCAUCACAGCAAAAUAUCUUAUUCUCACCUCUAAAU